AAGGUGAAGAAAAGUUACCUGCAGAAACUACUUGCGAUCCAAGUCUUGAUGCCUGGUUAAAGCCCCAGCCUCUGAAGCGACUACUGGGUUAAAGUUCCUGGAGAAAAGAGGAAGUGAAGUGUCCGGUGUCUAUGUCAUGUCUGCCAGUACCACAGGGCGAGGCACCUGGCAGGCAGCUCCCACUGGAAUGAACUGCUCCUCUAAUUCAGGCAUCCACUCUAAGGCUGGAAAAAUUCAACAAGUGCGUGGAACAUCAGAGACCUGGAAAUGCUGAAUUUGCUCCGAGGUUUCCUGAGGCCUAGCCGGCUUCUCUGGGCAGUCUUCAGGCUCAGGAGUCCAACCUGGCCCUCUGUCUCCUCUCCACCCUGCUCCUCUUGGCCUCCAACAGCCCUCUCUCUUCCGGAGUUGUGGCCUUCCCAAGCUUGCUUCCCAGCUCCGCCCCUCUCUCUGGACGCAUCUCUGGGCCCCAUCAUCACCCGGCGCCGGGCCCUCCCUCCCACCCCCCUUUCUCCUCCCUCCUUCCUUCCCUCCCUUCCUCCGUCUCUCCCUCCCUCCCAGCUCCUGCACCAGGAAACGGCCCGGAUCCUGGCAGCGGCCUGACCCGGCUCCACGCUGGCCAGGAGGAUGAAAGGCCCCAGCUGGGGGCUUCUUGCCACCAGCGCUGGGUCCUAAAAGCUGCCAUCCAGGCUGGCUGCCCGGAUGGCGACCCCAGCCUCAGCCCCAGACACACGGGCUCUAGUGGCAGACUUUGUAGGCUAUAAGCUGAGGCAGAAGGGUUAUGUUUGUGGAGCAGGCCCUGGGGAGGGCCCAGCAGCUGACCCACUGCACCAAGCCAUGCGUGCAGCUGGAGAUGAGUUUGAGACCCGCUUCCGGCGCACCUUCUCUGAUUUGGCAGCCCAGUUGCAUGUGACCCCUGGGUCAGCCCAGCAACGCUUCACCCAGGUCUCUGAUGAACUCUUCCAAGGGGGCCCCAACUGGGGCCGCCUUGUGGCCUUCUUUGUCUUUGGAGCCGCACUGUGUGCUGAGAGUGUCAACAAGGAGAUGGAGCCACUUGUGGGACAAGUGCAAGAGUGGAUGGUGGCCUACCUGGAGACACGGCUGGCCGACUGGAUUCACAGCAGUGGGGGCUGGGCGGAGUUCACAGCUCUAUACGGGGACGGGGCCCUGGAGGAGGCGCGGCGUCUGCGGGAGGGGAACUGGGCCUCAGUGAGGACAGUGCUGACAGGGGCCGUGGCACUGGGGGCCCUGGUAACUGUAGGGGCCUUUUUUGCUAGCAAGUGAGAAAGUCCAGGGCCAGGUGGGGCUAGGUGUAGUUGGGGGACAAGAGAGCAGGAACAGAACAAGAGAAAUGCCCUUGGAAGAAGUGGGUGAAUGGAUGGGCAUGGAAUGGGGAUGGGAAGGGGCAGGGUACUGUGGGAAGGAGCUGUGUGUGCCAGGCAGGCAGUCGGAAGGAUGAGCUGGAGACAUUAGGGGAUGUGUUUGGAAAGCGAGCAGGCCAGGAGAUGGAGGCAUUCCAGGGUUGGGAGGAGGUGGGAGAGAUCAUGCCUAUAGGUAUAGGCACACAAAACUAUAACUAGAGCUUACUUUGUAGCCCUAAAGAAGGAGGAUUUGCAUAAGGGGUUGUGUCUCCAUUGGAUGAGUGAGAUUUGGGGAAAAACACCGAAGGCACAUCCCUUUGGAAUGGAAGCUUGGAGUUCUCAGGUGAUAGGGAGAGGUGGCUGUGAUGUUGGGCUGCUUGGACAUGUGUAUGCAUGUGCACGCGUGCUUGUGUGCAUGCUAGGCUGCUUGUCUAACAUGGUGGCGGCCGUAUUCACAGAGAAAACAUUCCCUGUUGAAGUGGCAAGAACAAGGGGCAGCUCUCUGCCCCUCCUCCCAACUCCCUUCUCCCCCUCUCCUUGUCCUGAUGCCUCAAGGCUAUGGGAAAAACACUGUAUCCAGAAGAGGGCUUUGGGCACUUUUCCACAGAAAGUCAUUUGCAGGGCUUUGGAGAUAAGUUCUGUAGCUGGCCCUGUUGCUUCACCGUCCCUAUUCCUUGUGCAUCAUGCACUUGCUGCUGCCUCCUGGGCUCUGACAGAAAACAGGGCCAUGGAGCCUGCAGUGGGGGUGGGUGGGGAGCUGGACCUACCUGCCGCCCUCCUCUCCCACUGGGGCACACUGGUGCCUAAAGUGUUCCCUGUCUCUGGGACUUUCUGCACCCAAACUCAAACUCUAAAUUGGGACUCUAAUUUUCCUUGUGAGUGUGUGGAGGUAAAUGCUGAUCUAGAGUACAGUCUGGGUCUUGCACUGUGUCUCAGUGAGACUGUUGAUGCCUUGAGAGGAACAUUCCAGCUCUGAACCCCAUAGGUGUGAGGGUGACCUAUACUCCGUGACUGGCCUAUUCCGUGUAGUGGGCUUUGGUGCUGCUUUAUCAAGGGCCAGAUAUAUGGGUUCUAGAGUACCUACCAUGACCUAGAAGCAUUUAUAUUUUCUUUGAAGCCACGCUGUUUGCAUGGGUGUUACUUGUCUGUACCUCUGAGUCUGAGGACGUUAACUUUAGAGCUCACAGUCCUCUAGAACAGAUUCCACUUAUAGCUUUUUCUUUUGAGAAAGAAAUGAUUUCACUCCAGAUGCAUGCCCUGAGCCAGACCUCACUGCUGCACUUCCCAAGGUGCUAAAAUUGCUGCUCUCCAAUGCUGACUUCAGACACAGUGCUCUAGAACCCUGCCCUUGAUCCUGAGCACUGAUCAGCUUAGCUAGACCAUGGUUGACUCUUCUUGGGAUUUUCAUUUGGUCCCAAAAUGUGGCAACAUAGUUGUACUCACAAGAAUGUGGGACCAAAAUUGGCCUCAGGUGUUUAGCCCAGACUUUUGCUUUUGAGAGAGGGCUGCACUUUUUAAUGGUAUUUAUAGGGGAGGUGGAAGACUGCAUGUGCCACUUGGUCCAUCAUGAGUAUGCUGAUACCAGAAACUCAGAGCUGGUCUGUGGCAGGCAGUUGGGGUGGGGUGGGGGGUCUCUGACUUGCUCAGGACAAACUAGACCAGUGGUUUUCAGGCUGCUUGGCAGAGCCCUGAGGUUUCCUAGGGGUUGCCUCAGGAGGCCUUGGGGAGGUGAAGGGAGGGGGUGCUGAGCAGGCUGGGCUACUUGUCCUUAAACAGAAUAGCUCCCCUUGUAGCUGUCUUACAUAUCGGGGUUCAGGGUAAGAUUUUAUUUGCAUUAAGGGGUUUGCUGCUGAAAAAAAAAUGUUGGAAAACCACUGACUAGACCAUCAGCUCCAAAUUGGAGCCUGUGCUCCCCCAGGUUUGGGGCAGACUCCACCCUCCCCUCUACCACAAGACCACCUAUCCCUGUUAACUCUCCUGGGGACCUUUAGCAAACAGGAGCAGCAGGGACUGUGGUCAGGUAACUGAAAUGCCCUGCUCUGAGGCCUUCACACCUUGGUAGAAGGAGAAGUUGUUUUCUGAAAGGGUAAAGGGCUUGGAUUCCCAGAAGCAUAGCUUGAAUGGGACCGUAGUGGGCAGUUUUGAUCUGUCCUGUCCUUGAGGGGCAAUGGAAACCCCAGAGACUCUUCUGUCAGGGAAAACUAGAGACUCUUCUAGAGCCAUAUAGUUCCUUGGGAUUAGCUCUUGGCCAGGAAGGCUGAGUAUGGCUCCCAAUUUUUAAAUCUAUUUCAUUUUUUAAAAAAUAAGGGAAAUAAAUCUAAUUGCCAUUUUUCAGAGAUUAAAUAGGUAGAGAGGGUGUUUCUUGCUCUCCAGAGCCCAAAGGGACAUAUAGGGAUUUUGCUUAGGCCAAGGAAGGAGCAGAAGUAGGGCAACUAGGUCCUGCGAUUAUUAAUCCUACUCCCCACUUAUUCUAGGGUAUAUACUAUUUUACUUUUUUAAAUCAUAAAAUGGCGAGAGAACAGAUUUGGUUAGUUUAGAAGAAAAGAAAAAGCUCUAUAAAUAUAAAUAUAUAUUCCUGUAUUUUUAUUUAAUAAUUUAUAAAUAUCAAGUUCAUUUGACUUUUAUUUUUGUGUAAUAUGUAAUGGUCGUAUUAAAAAAAAAAUAAAGCCCAGAAGUUUAAUGAGAAGGACUGAGCAGGGUUUGUGACUUCUACACUCUAUAGCCUGGUGUCAGGACAUUUCUUGAUCUAAUCAUCUCUUCGUGACCUUGUUAAUGGCAAGAAUUAGAGUAACAAGGACUUGGGAAAGUGUUGAGACCAUAAAGAAAAGAAAAUCAGAGUUGUUCCCCAUCUCCUAACCCCUGCCAAAUGCCCAAAGCCAAGAGCUCCAUCUAUGUCAACCCAAAUCUUUUUUUAAUUUUAUUUAUUUAAAAACAGGUUUUUUUAAGUUUAUUUAUUUUUGCGAGAGAAAGACAGAGUGCUAGUGGGGGAGGAGCAGAGAGAGGGGAAGAGAGAGAGACACAGAAUCUGAAGCAGGUUCCAAGUUCUAACUGACUGAGCCACCCAGGUACCCCUAUGCCAACCCAAAUCUUAAGAGGGUGUGUAUAUACAGUACUUUGGGAUGGCUAUAAACCAGAAACAAACCAAAACAAGGAAAACUUACCCCAAAUCUUUGUGUGAUGGUGACCAAGUCCUCACUUGUGGUUCGGCCUCUAAUGACAAUGAGCAUUUCUCCCCAGUACUCACUUCACUUCUGAUAUUCAUUAACAUAACAUUUCAUGUUAUGAAGUGAUAAAUGCUAUAAAGAAAAAUAAUUCAUUAGCAUGGAAUUAGGAAAGUGUAACUGUAAAUUUCAAUGUUAAAUAGAAUAGUCAAGGAAAACCCUCAUUUCUAAGGUGACUUUUGAGGAAAGUCAUGAAAAAUGAAAUUGGAAAAAUAUUUUUAUUGAUAUGGAAAGAUGUUUCUAUCUUGGUAAAAAAGAAAAUAGAAAACAAUAUAUACAGUAUGAUCCCAUUUUGCUAAAAUAAAUAUGUAAAUAUGUGUGUGUGUACAUGCCUCUGUAUGUAUUUAUGUACUGAAAAUUUCAGGAAGGAUAUAUGCCAAAAUAUCAUUAGUGAUUAUCUGUGGGUGUUGGAUUUUACUGGUGUUUUAUUUUGUUCUUUUUACUGUCAGUAUUUUCUGAUUUUUUUUUAAUAAAGAACACAUAUUUCUGGUACAGCA